ACGUUUGCUUUCAACUAGGCUUUUUCUUAUCAUGAUAUCGGACGGUGUUCAGGCGCGUUAAGCAAGUGAAAGUGUUUUGGCUUUGACGUCGUUUGCCCAGAAACGUACACGACAAGCAACUCUGCUACUGAAAACCGCGUCAUGCUUAGGUAGCAUUUGGGUUUAGCUGCAGCGCAUUUGCGGGCUGCUCAACUCUAGCUAGGAGGAUGGGCUGACGUGAUAACAGAGGACCCCGUGCGGAGUUUACGUGCUAACAAUAUGAUUGACCAAACACCUACUCCUCCACCACGCUCGCGCUCAACUUGGACGCCGUCUGCCUUUGGUCGGGCAGUCACCGAUUUUGCGCGACAGCGGCCGAAGCCGGCAAAGCGCCGACGGGCUGCAACGGAUGAGCUCAAGUUAUUCUGCAUGGGAUAUAGACAGGAGCUGGCGCGAAAGCUAACGCUGUUUAACAAUGCGGGUGUCGCGUUCUCGCUGCUUACUCCUUUGACAGCAUUGACUGGUACGUACGGCACCUGGGGCCUGUUGUACGGCGGUCCCGUGGUCAUGAUGUGGGGUUUCCCCAUCGUCAGCCUCUUCUCGCUGCUGGUCGCAGUCAGCCUGGCGGAACUCGCCUCCGCCUACCCCACCAGCGGCGCCACCUACUAUUGGACCUGGGUUCUGGCUCCCCCGCGCUUCAAGGCGCUGUGCUGCUGGCUGAACGGGUGGCUGAUGCUGCUGGGUCAGGGCGCCUUCACCGCCGCCAGCAGCCGCAUGUUCACCGACAUGCUGGAUGUGUUCGUGCUGAUGGCCACGGGCAAGCAGCUCCCCAACGGAAUCCUCAUCGCCGUGUUCAUUGUCGUACUGCUGGGCUCCGCCCUCGCCGCCGGCACCUCCAACUCCGUCACCGCCUACCUCACCAGCCUCUCCGCCUUUUGGAACCUGGUGGCCCUAGCCGCGCUGGCGGUGGCGCUGCCGGCGGUUGCGCCCAAACGGCAGUCCGCGUCUUACAUGUUUACCUGUUGGACGGAUGCCAGCGCCACGACUGGCGUGCAGAACCAUUUUUAUAACCUGUUGCUCGGACUGUUGAUGAGCCAGUACGUGUACCUGGGUUUCGACUCCAGUGCCCACAUCUCCGAGGAAACCCAGCACGCGGAGAUCAACGCGCCUCGCGGCAUGCUGGCCGCCUCCCUCACCGCCGCCGUCACGGGCUACGGGUACCUGCUGUCGCUCAACGCGUGCACGGUGGACCCCGCGGCGCUGCUGUCGACGAAGUCGGAGAGUCGCGGCAAACACGCGGCGGCGCAGCUGUUCUGGAAUGUGCACGCGGACGCUUAUCAUGACGGUCGCGGCGGGCUAGCGCUGCUGACGGUGCCCAUGAUCUCCGCCCUCAUGUGCACCUACCAGUGCGUCUCCGCCAACGCACGCAUGCUGUUCGCCUUCUCAAGGGACGGAGCGGUGCCGCUGAGUCGCUACCUGGGCCGCGUGGAGAAACGAACCCGGGCUCCCGCUGCAGCUGCCUGGGCCAUGGCGCUGCUGGGGGUGGUGCUGGGGGUGCCCAUGUACUUCGCAGCGCCCUACGUGAACACCAUCUCCACACUCGCCAUCGUCAACACAUACCUGUCGUACGGACUGCCCAUCCUGUGCAAGCUGGUCAGCGGCCGCAGCGCCUUCCUGCCCGGACCCUUCUUCACGGGUCGCCGCAUCUCCCGCGCCAUCAACCUCCUCGCGCUGCUGUGGGUGCUGGUGAUCGCCGUGAUCUUCUCGCUGCCCACCGCCUACCCCCUCACCGGCACCAACAUGAACUACAAUGCUGCAGCAGCAGCAGCUGCAGCGGAAGCUGAGGAAGAGGCAGAAGCAGCAGCAGGGGGGGCGGCAGCAAGAGGAAGGGCAAGAAGGGGAGCAGUUGGAGCAAGAGGAGGAGCCGCAGGGACAUGGACAGGAACAGCAAGAGGAGGAGGAGGAGGAGCAGCAGCAGCAGGAACAACCGAAUCUUCGACAAUCGAGAUCGCUACCGCUUUUGUUGUCGCAGCAGCAGCACCAGCAGCAGCUGGGGCAGCAAGAGGAGUUAAUGAUGUUAGACAUUGACGAACAGCAGCAACAGUUGUUACAACAGGAGCAUCAUUACCAGCAACAACAGCAGCAGCAGCAGCAGCAGCUGUUAGGCGGCUACCACCAUCACCAUCAUCACCAUCCCCAUCACCUGGCGUACCAGAUGGGGGGUGGUUUAAGAGGCGGGCAGGUGCGCACCGGUGUCGGGUUUCAUGGCGAGGGGGACGAGGUUCC